AUGGAAGGCACCAAACCAACUGACCAGGCGAACUUCAGAGAGUGGGGCUUCUUCGAGGGUGCGUACAACCCGCGCCGCCUCCGCAACUGGGAGGUCCCCGAGCGGUGGCCUUCAAAGCGAGCCGCCUUCGGCAGAGCUCACCAUCAGCCGCGGCCCAUAGCCAACGACAGGGGACACCUGCUGCCGGGGGUCCCCAGGGGACCACGAGGGCCCUGGGGCUGCUACCGAGGCACCUGGGAACUGCCGAGGCGCAUCACCAGGAAGCAAGCUGAGGAGCUGUCGGUGGUGAACCCGCCGGUCCGCCCGCCACCCGUGGAGCCCAGCUCGUGGCAGAAGCGGUCCGCCUCCAGCGUGCCGGUGCCGGAGAGGUCGCAGGCCGCGCAGGAGGCCAUAGACCGGGCGGCGGAGGCGGCGCCACAGCCUCAGGAGGACCAGCAACAGGCGGGGCCGGUCCAGACCUCCCUGAGCGUGAAUCCUGGUGGCGUCAUCCACAUGUCCGACUUCAACGAGCUUUCCUGA